AUGGCAACAACACCCGUUCUGCAAACCUUAUCGACAUCUUCAACGGUCUCAUCUCUAUUACCUUCGACUACGGCUUCUGACACGCCUCUCACCGUUCUUGUUCGUGGCAGUAUCGACGGAACCUCUGAUUUCUUCCCCUUUCUCGACAUCGCCGGUCUAGGCUCUGGUUCCGAUGAUGUUGAUUCAGGACUCUCCUUCAAAGAACUUUUCGCCACCAACCUUGAUGGAGGUCAAGAAAUUAUCUUAUUUAGCUCUGGAUGCCAUAUUGAUGGUGUAGCUGACUGCACCCGCGCCUGCAACAGCUCAGACCUAUUCUUCAGCUCACUGGAAACCUUUUACAACUGUGCUGCCUUGGCUGCGGCGGCGCAUUGGACACAAGAUGCGAACGCUUAUUAUGUCAGCGAGGAGACUGAACGAAACGCCAGUGCUGUGAUGGGUUCUGGUACUUUGGCUGAGUUUGAUGGUAGACCGGUGCUCAGGUCUCUCAUCACUUGUGCCCAGGAUGCCUGCGAGAAUGACGGUCUGAGCAAACCUUGCAACCGUUCAAUUGACCGCCUCAGAUAUGAAGAUUCAACCCCUGAGGAGAUAUUCGAGGCCCUGGACGAGUUCUGCCCCGACCUACCAGCAGAGGUCAACCCAGAUAUUUUUGGGCCAGGUGUUCUCAUCUCAUAUGUUAUGCAAGUAUCUUUUGCUGCGUCUCUGUAUCUUCUUCUCAAGGGUUUCACCCUUUGGGUCAACAUCACGCAAGGCACCGGCCGUCGCAAAUCUGAGCCCGAGCCUUAUCGUCUGAAGCGCAGUCUGACUCGAAUCGAGAGCAUGAUCUGGCGUGACUCUGGUGGCUUAUCCCGUACGAGUAUUGCCAUUGCAACCACAUUGGUUGAGUUUCAAGAAGCUCAGUGCUGGUUUGUCUUUGCCGUACAAAUUGCAUCCAUUCUUGCCAUUGUUGUCAACUCUCAAGAGGGCACCUUCUGGGGCGAGAUCGUUGUUAAUGGCGCUAUUGCUUUUCAUGUCUCCCAGAACGGUAUUCUUCCCAUGUUCCUCAUUCAGAUUUGUCUUCAUCAUGAAGGCAUCCGUAACUGGCAUACGUUUCUGGGUUUCUUCAUGGAGUAUCUUCUCGCCAUUAUAGCAACAUCGCAGAAGAUAUACUUCAAGGACGCUUUCGCUUUGUUUAAAGGUCAGAACGAAAUCGAAGGAUGCGGCUUCAAUCCAAGUCCUCGAACAUAUUGCGCUGCAACUCAAGGAAUCGAUGGACAAGGAUUCAGUUUCUUCCCUCAUCCUCUGCUAUACAAGAUGACGUUUCUCAUCCUUGACACUAUUGCCAUCAUCGCCUUGGUAGCUGAUCAAUUGGCUUGGACGCUUCGAAAGCAUCAUCUCACCAAACACGUCCAGUUUGGGUCGUAUCGCCUUGGUCGAUGGCCACGUUGGGGCAAACAACGACGAGGGCUUUUCAUCAAGAAAUGGUUCUGGCGAAUUCUUGAAGUCGCAUAUCUGGUGAUCAAUAUCUUGUACAUGAUCUCUCUUACCAAGGUUAUCAAUGCAGAGAGCUUUGCAGCCAAUCGCUGGAGCUACGGACAAAUCAUCGCGGUAACGGUCUGGGGACCCGUCAUCGUCAAAUUGUUUGACCUCUUGCUGUCUGGACCUCCCAAGAACGGCAUGAGGCUGAACUCGGGUCCACCGAGGUUACGUAUCGACAACGUUAUAAACGGUCGAGUGGGGACAUCUGCAGAUGAAUGCGUUAUCAAUGAUGAUAAUGAGACUGACAAGUGCGAUGGCCCAUUGCCAAGGCCUGGACCAGAAGAAUUCAUGAUCCGCGGAUCUGAUACCCUGCAGCUGGGGAGUCCCAAUCGUGAGCGUCGAACGGAUGUGAUAGAAGCCAAAAGAAGGGCCGCAACGCCCGAUGAGAUAUGCUCCGAGAGUAGCGUGAAGAAGGAAGCAUGA